UCCCCAUAAUAUUUAACAGCAGCUGCAGCAUCUCCAACAGUUUCUCCCAUCGAGAUCCAACACCCAAAAUUCAAUUUUUAAAUGGAAUCCGAGCCCUUCAAAUCCCUCUCCAUGGACUACCUCAACCUCCUCAUCAACGGCCAGGCCUUCAGCGACGUCACCUUCAGCAUCGAAGGUCGUCUUGUUCACGCCCACCGAUGCAUCCUCGCCACCCGCAGCCCCUUCUUCCGCCGCUUCUUCGACUCCCCGCCCCGCCGAACAAACUCCUCCGGCGGCGCCAGCUCGGUUAACGUUAUCCCCGUCAACUCCGUUCGAUACGAUGUCUUCCUCCUCCUUCUUCAGUUCAUUUAUAGCGGACAAGUGUCGUUCAUUCCUCUUAAGCACGAGCAGAGACCCAACUGCGCUGAUACAGGGUGUUGGCAUACUCACUGUUCUUCCGCCGUUGAUCUCGCGCUUGAUACUCUCUCAGCCGCACGAUCUUUUGGAGUCCAGGAGCUCGUCUUCCUCACACAGAAGCAGUUGGAGAACAUGGUGGAGAAAGCUUCCAUAGAAGACACCAUGAGAGUUCUACUUGCUUCUCGCAAACAAGAAAUGCAUCAAUUGUGGAGCACUUGCUCGCACCUCGUCGCCAAAUCCGGCCUCCCACCUGAAGUAUUAGCCAAGCACCUCCCCAUCGAGAUUGUAGCAAAGAUCGAAGAGCUCCGCAUCGAAUUCUCGCUAUCCCGCCGCCCCUCCUUCCUCCAUAACCACCACCUCCCCCUCGAUAUAGCCGUGGCCAUCCCCAAACCUGACGAUUAUCAUCACAAAAUUCGACGCAUGCGUCGUGCAUUAGAGUCCUCCGACGUUGAGCUUGUCAAACUUAUGGUAAUGGGAGAGGGCCUCAACCUUGACGAAGCCCUCGCGCUCCAUUAUGCUGUUCAAAAUUGUAGUCGCGAGGUAGUGAAGGCCUUGUUGGAGCUUGGUGCAGCGGACGUUAACUUGCCAGCAGGCCCGACCGGCAAGACUCCGCUGCACCUCGCUGCUGAAAUGGUGUGUCCUGACAUGGUGGCCGUUUUACUCGACCACCAUGCCGACCCCAAUGCCCGAACGAGCGACGAUAUCACACCGCUAGAUAUCCUCCGCUCCCUCACCUCCGACUUCCUCUUCAAAGGUGCUCUACCGGGACUCUCCCACAUUGAGCCCAACAAGCUCAGGCUUUGCCUCGAGCUCGUGCAGUCGGCGGUAAUGGUGCUUUCGAGGGAAGAGGCGGAGGCGGCUGCGGUGGGGAGCGGUAACGGUAAUAAUGCAGUUGGCUCAUUCUACCAUCCAUUAAUGAGUGCUGAAGGUGGAGAUAUUAGUAAUGAAAAUGUGGAUAGUAGCCCAAGUUUGGAUUCAAAAAUUGUUUAUCUGAACCUUGGAAUGGCGGCUGUGGGAAGGAUGGACUGUGAUGGUAGCAGAAGUAGGACUCAAGGGCGCAGUGGUGGGAUAGGCUUGUCUUCCAUUUAUUCUCAGCCUGACCAUUUCCCAUAGCUGCAGCCCACAACAGAUACCUUCUUCUUCUUCUU